CCGCCCAGCUCUCCGGGACCAUGCAUCGCGCCUGGCCGGGCGCUCGCCAGCACCUGGGCGCCGUGCUGGCCGGCGCCAGCGUGGUGGUGAAAGCCCUGUGCGCCGCCGUGCUGGGCCUCUACCUGCUGGCCUUCGCCGUGGACACGAGCUGCCUGGCCGUCACGCCGGGCUACCUCUUCCCCCCCAACUUCUGGGUCUGGACGCUGGCCACGCACGGGCUCGUGGAGCUGCACGCCUGGGACGUGGCCCUGAGCCUGGCCACCGUGGUGGCGGCGGGCCGGCUGCUGGAGCCGCUCUGGGGGGCCCUGGAGCUGCUGGUCUUCUUCUCCGUGGUGAGCGUGUCCGUCGGGCUGCUCGGGGCCUUGGCCUACCUCCUCACCUACAUGGCCUCCUUCAACCUGGACUACCUGUUCACCGUCCGCAUCCACGGCGCCCUGGGCUUCCUGGGGGGCGUGCUCGUGGCCCUCAAGCAGACCAUGGGGGACUGCGUGGUGCUGCGGGUGCCGCAGGUGCGGGUCAGCGUGGUGCCCAUGCUGCUGCUGGCCCUGCUGGUGUUGCUCCGGCUGGCCACGCUGCUGCAGAGCCCGGCCCUGGCCUCCUACGGCUUCGGGCUGCUCUCGGGCUGGGUGUAUCUUCGCUUCUACCAGCGCCACAGCCGAGGCCGAGGGGACAUGGCCGACCACUUUGCCUUCGCCACCUUCUUCCCCGAGAUCCUGCAGCCCGUGGUGGGGCUCGUGGCCAACUUGGUGCACGGCCUCCUGGUGAAGGUGAAGAUCUGCCAGAAGACGGUGAAGCGCUACGACGUGGGGGCGCCGUCCUCCAUCACCAUCAGCCUCCCGGGCACCGACCCUCAGGAUGCGGAGCGGAGAAGGCAACUGGCCCUGAAGGCUCUGAACGAGCGGCUGAAGAGAGUGGAGGAUCAAUCUGUCUGGCCCAGCAUGGACGACGAUGAAGAGGAAGUCGAGGUCAAGGUGGAGAACUCGCCUUCAGACAAGGCCCCCACACUCCCAGGAAAGGGGCCUCUCCUAGAAUCCAGCCUGAUCACAUUUGAGGCAGCUCCCCAAAAGCUGUAACUCCAGACACCUGGAGUUGUAAUGCCUCCUCUUCCAAGCUCCCCUUGACACUCUCUCCACUACUCCGGGGCUUUUGACUGCUCUGAAGAGAGGGAAGAAGGCCCGCUGGGAAUUCCCAGUCUUCAGUUUCUUGCCAACACUACCCAGGAUUCCUGAUAACCUGGUUCCAACUACAGACAACCACUAUGCCAGGAAUGGGGCCUCUAAGGCAUCAGACAGUCCAGGCUAUCUGAGGUAAGACUGUACCUCAGCAACCUGCCCCAAACAAGGGACAGGUGCCACAACUCCCAACUCAGCCUUCAAAUCUGAGACUGGUUUCCUAGAGUCCUAGAGCCAAGGCAAGAAUUUGCCAAAAGAGAAAAAAAAACCCACCUUUUGCCGGAGGUUAGGCUUGUGCAGGAGCACAGAGUUGCACAUCCCUGCCCACCCCCAGAAAGACUAUGUUCCUGUCAGGAUUUCUGAUUCCCUAGACUGUGGCGGUGGCUGCUUCAGAGCCAAAGUGGCCAUGGUCCCCAGUUAUUUUAUACAGGACCACUUGACUGGGCAGCCAGGCCCAGCCUCGCAGUAUCAAUAAAGCAGUUCUUUAAGGUA